UGUUCAAUAUUUAUUUUUUAUAAAAGUUUUGUAAUAAUUUAAAAAUAAACUUCAUACUUUAUUAAAAAAAAUAUAUUUAAUAAAAUUGAUAGAAAACUCGAACCGAAAAACUUGUCCCCUAAAGUAGGCAUGGUAGCUUGAUAAAGUAAUUGAUCAAUCUAUAUUGUUUAUAAGCACUUUAAGACUUGUAUGUAUUGAUUUUUAUUUUGAAUGAAAUAUCUGAAAAUAGAAAAAAAUUACUCUCUGCAAACUGGAAAACAAGGGCUUGACAUUUGCUGAUUACAAAAGUUCUUGAGACUUUGAUGUAGGUUACUUAUGAAGAAAUAUUAAGCCGUUUGUGCACAUGAAAUAUAAUUCAAUAUACCAAAAUUCAAAGUCAAUAUCUUUUUAUUACCUCUUCAACUUAUUUUUAAGUAAAUUACCUAAUAGGGUACCGUAAAUUCAUCUUUCAGAUUUGAAACUAAACUUCCUGAUCUCUCAAAAAUGAUUGGAUGAGGGUUUCAGUAUAAAUUAAACUAGAAAUUUCUUGAUUGUAGUUGUAACAUUAAUUUUUUCCUACGAAGUAUGGAUGGUAAACUUAUUCUAUUUCUUUCGGUGAUUUCGGGAUCCUUGGCCAGUCAUUUCCGAGGUGGUACUAUAAGUUGGCAACCAACAGGUUUUGAAAACCAGGUGAAAUUUUCGUUUAAACUGGGGUGGUACUAUGGGACAGGACCAGGAUGUAACCCUAAUAACAUCGGUAACUUGACCACGGGAGGGACUUACGACUACUGGAGGUGUACCAGCGGGUGUGGAGGUACGCCCAAUAUGAACGACAUCAACUAUGUGUGUACGGGAGCUAGCAUUGAAGAUCUAUGGGAGCAGGGAGAGAGGGACUUCAUUUACAAUUUUACCGGAGUUGGACCUUUCACCGUAUCAUACAGCGGCUGCUGUUGGAUUUACUUGAAUUAUGGUUCCUCCAGCUCUUGGAACAUUGAAACAACUGUUUACUUGGCGUCUAGGAGCGACAUAAACCGACCAAACUCGAGCCCCAUCACUGCAGGACAACCAAUGUAUAUCGUGCGGUACGGAACGCGGGUGGUGCUAACGAUACCUAUGGUGGACAGUGACGGGGAUACGAUUCGAUGCCGGUGGGCGACUGGGAAUGAGUGUGUUUCUGUGUGUAACAGUCUUCCACUGGCAACGCUUGACUCUGAUACAUGUACAAUUACGUUCAACGCCACCCACGCACUGAAUGGAAUGUACGCCGUGGCUUUAUCCAUCGAAGACUUUCCCAAAACGAACAUCCUCAUAGGAAGCAAGCUAUAUACUCCAAACGACCCGAUCUCAAUAGUCCCACUGCAGUUUUUAAUAAACACCGUUAACUUGGACGCGUCCUCCGGUGCCCCGCCAGUGUUUGUGAACGACACUCCCCCGGCAGGAAGCGCCCUGGAGGUCAAAUUGCCACAAACUAUUUCAAUUUCGUUUUAUGCUUACAGCAAUCAGACAAUUUCCCGAAUUGACCUUACAUCGCCAGCAGGAAUGACCUACUCUGACCUUCAGCGGGACUUUUCCCGCCAGGAUGUAUCCUUCAUCACGACCUCAUGGACACCGACAGAGGAGCAGAUUGGUUCUCAUAUCCUGUGUGCUACCGCAGUGGACUCAAUGGGGUCAACUAGCAACUACCACUGUCUGUCGAUACGUGUUUCUGAGGUGAGUCCAUGUGACAGUAGCCCGUGCCCUAACAACAUGACCUGUGUACGAGAUGGCGCUAACUACACGUGCCAAUGUAUGGCUGGAUUUACUGGACUAAACUGCGAAAAUGACAUCAAUGAAUGUGCCGGUGAUCCGUGUGAAAAUGACGGGACCUGCAAUGACAUCAUCAAUGGAUAUUAUUGUACCUGUGUGAAUGGCUUUACUGGCCUAAGCUGUGAAACGGAUAUUGACGAAUGUGCAAGUUCUCCCUGCCUUAAUGGAGGAUUCUGUACCGAUGAGUUGAAUGGCUUUAACUGCACGUGUCCAGCAGGGACAUCCGGGACUCUGUGUGAAAUUAAUAUCAAUGAAUGUGCAAGCUCUCCUUGUGAAAAUGGCGGACAUUGUCGUGAUUGGAUUAAUUCGUUUACGUGUGCUUGUGUAAAUGGAUUUACGGGGACACUAUGCGAGACAGAAAUCAACGAAUGUGCAAGUUUCCCAUGUAAAAAUGGAGGCACGUGCAGAGACCUUGUAAAUGGAUUCAUGUGCACUUGUCCCCAUGGAUUAUCGGGCCCGUCGUGUGAAAUUGGUAUUUGGUGUUCUAGUUAUCCAUGUCAAAAUGGUGGCACAUGCGUUGAUAUAUCAAAUGGAUUCACGUGCAUUUGCCCCGCGGGAAUGUCUGGAACAUUGUGUGAAACAAACAUCAACGAAUGUGCAAGUUUCCCCUGUCAAAAUGGAGGCACGUGCAGAGACUUUGUAAAUGGAUUUACGUGCUCUUGUCCCCCGGGGACAUCGGGACCCUUGUGUGAAAUCAGCAAUGAUUGGUGCUCUAGUUAUCCAUGUCAAAAUGGUGGCACGUGCACGAAUUUCUUGAAUGGAUUCACGUGUACUUGCCCGACGGGGACAUCAGGACAGUUGUGCGAAAUAAAUUACGAUGAAUGCGCAAGCAAACCUUGUCAAAACAAUGGUACAUGUUCAGACCUCAUCAAUGGAUUUCAGUGCUGGUGUCCAGUUGGAUUUGGAGGGGUAAUCUGUGACGUAACGAUAGAUCGGGACGUAUGUUCCACUGAUCCAUGUUCAGCGAUGUACAGUUGUAAACCCGAUCAACUCUCCUACUCUUGUGAACCAAGUGCCGCCAUGUACGCCUUGAUUGCGUCAGCAGUAGCGUCAUCAGCAGGAAUCGCGGCUUUUGUGGCAUUCAGACUGCUGCGACCUUCUUAUAAAGUUGUGGACCACUCUUGGUUAUCAAGUUACACAGACGUACGUAAACCGGAUAGCCAACCAAAACAAGUAUUCACGUUACAGAACAACAAACCUUCAUUUGCAUGAAAACCAACACUACUGUGAUGUUCAAACUUUCUAUUGUACUCUAGCAUAUAAUUAAAGGCUUUAUGAAUCGAUUGUAUAAAUGUGUAAUGAAAACUAUUUCCUUUAUUAUCUUAAAUCAUUCAACCAGUACACAACCAGACCAUACACCAACAAGUUAACCGAAGGUUUACGCAAUUAAUGUGGUUAAAAAAUCUCCAAUAAAACGUUAUUCCGUCCAAAUUGUUUACAUGUAUAUCAUUGAAUGAUUAAGAACCCCAUCAGUUGCAUGACCACAUACAUGCAGAGGACAGAAAUGCACAUAAAAAUCACGUACAUUAAAAAUAAAAUAUGAUAUAAAGUUUUCCGAGACCAUAAGUGACAGGUACAUUAGAAAUUAAGAUGAAAAAAGGAGAUUUAAUUCAGAGUAUUAUGAUAUGAUAAACUGUUGAAAUAACGAGACAUACAAUAACCAAUUAAAAAUUGCAGUAGUUCUUUUUGUUGGACUUUGCAUAGGAUCCACAGACCAUUAUAUCUGAUUCAUUUGAAAUAAAGCUCUAUAUUUUUGUU